GGACCACAUGGCUAGCUGUGCUGAGGGAGAACACAGCCAGAGAUCCUGUGGCAUUUUACGCUAGUUUAACUUCUCCACUUGGUUCACCCCAGCAGUGAGCAGUAGCCUGUGUGAAUUUGAUGCCUGGACUCCAUGUUGUAUUCCCUCCACUUGCUAACAGAACAGUCGGACCAUUUCCCAAGGCACUGUGGCAGCCACGGCAGAACUAAGACGCAGACCUGACUCUGGAAAAUGGAUUUUGCAGGAUUCUCCUCAUAGCACCAGUAGUUGAACCUAGGAGACUGCUUUGAUAAGAUCCGUCAUCAUUUUUGCCAGGACUGUAAGCAUGGUGGUGGAGGUGGAGUGAAGAACUAGGGUGCACCACAAGCCUGAGAGAGCUGGUGUGAUCUGUAUGACUGUAUGUGUGUAUAAAGGGAAGUGAAGAGAGGCCAGCUCAUCAUGGAUGCCAGGGACAGGGUGAAGAGGGAGAUGGACGUGUCCGCGCCCAAACCAAAGGAACAUGGCGCCAAGAAAGAGGAAGAUCUACCAAAGAGGAAGAGUACUGGCACCUCAGCGAGUCGCCCAUCCAGUACCUUAGCUCGAGUAGACGAGGAGCCUAGCACAACCAAUGGGUCAGACGACACCCACCCGCCAGAACUUAUAGACCGUGGAGUGGGCCCCACCCCUCUACCCCCUCCACAUGCCCCUGAGUACCGCAUCCCGUCGUACCCCUUUGGUAUCCAUCCUUAUAUGGACCCUAGGAAUGGAUUGAUGGCAGAUCCACAUUAUGCAUUUCCAUAUCCAUAUGCACAUCCGUAUGCUGUCAACCAUCCGUUGCCGGUGACGUCACAGACCCACGAUGGACGGUAUCACUGGCCACCACCAAUGUUGCCAACCAGUCCAGCCCAGUCAGACAUCUCAUCAAUAAUUAACCUAGAGAGGCGGGGUUCAGGGGAGCCAUUGGCACACUUAGCGUCCAGGAUACACUGGGAACAAUACCAGAGGGCAGCAGCGUUCCAGAGCCCGCUGUCCGCCAGGGGACUCAGUCCUGCGAGUUUGAUGGGUGCUCCAACAUAUCUUCCUACAGAGCACCUACGGCCAGCGCCGAGUCAAAGAAGUUUGUUUUCUGAUGUUCCUGCUACGCCAGGAAGUGGAAGUAUAACUCUUCCUGGUUCACUAGAAAGUUCAAGAUUAACAAGUCCAAGACCAUCAGUAAUAGGAGGCAAGAGCCGGAAGAGGGCGUUGUCUCACUCUCCGAUAUCUGACUAUUUGGAUAUCCAAAGUUUAACGCGGAGUUCGGAAGGUUCGCUGCAGCUGACACCAUUGAUGCACCACUCACGGAGCUCCAGUGCUGCCAGCGGCUCCUAUGGCCACUUGUCAGCAGCAUCAUUUGGAACUCUGAGCCCAGCUCACGCGGCACUGUCGAAUCCGUACAUGCGUCAUCCCAGUCUUCCUGGCUCGCCAUUCUUCCCGCCAAUGAUGCAUCCAUCGCUCUACGCGCGGCAGCACUCUGGCGCAGGGGGUCCACUGCUACCGCCGGGACAACCCAUGGUGCAGCCGCUUGGUGCUAGUAAACAUGAAUCUCAGCCUCCCAGUCAUCCACAAGUCAGAGAUCCUAGUGUUAGUGUGGUCAGCAGUACAGUAGAUGCAGCCGCAGACGCCAAAAGGUCCAAAAUUAAGAAAGAAUAUAUGCCAAUAGAUGAAGAUGAGAAGCAUAUGAUAGACACCACGGGAGAACCAGGCCGUCAGCCUCAGGAGGGAGAGCCAGACUUCAUAGAGACCAACUGUCACUGGGUGGACUGCUCUCUGGAGUUUGAGACACAGGAUGAGUUGGUCAGGCAUAUCAACCAAGAUCACAUACAGACCAAUAAAAAGGCCUUUGUGUGUCGCUGGAAUGAGUGCAGUAGGGAAGAAAAGCCAUUCAAAGCUCAGUACAUGUUGGUGGUCCACAUGAGGAGACACACGGGGGAGAAACCACAUAAAUGCACAUUUGAAGGCUGUAACAAGGCUUACUCACGUCUAGAGAAUCUGAAGACACACCUAAGGUCCCACACGGGAGAGAAACCCUACAUGUGUGAGUUCCCAGGCUGUACCAAGGCCUUCAGCAAUGCCUCAGACAGAGCCAAGCACCAAAAUAGGACCCAUUCCAAUGCUAAACCGUAUGUGUGUAAAGCUCCUGGGUGUACGAAGAGAUACACAGACCCGAGUUCUCUACGCAAACACGUCAAGACAGUUCAUGGACCAGACUUCUAUGCCAACAAGAAACACAAGGGACACGAGUCAAAUAUGGACCAUGACAAGGAUGGAGAGGAUGAGGAUAAAGACACCAAGGAUAAGAAGGUGGAAGAAUGUUUGAUGGUGACUCAGUUACAGGGUGUGGCAGGGGAGAGAAGGAGGUCACAGGACAGUGCUGGCGCUGUCACCUCCCAGCAACAACACAGUCCGUCAUCCAGCGACAAAGACGUGGAAAUCAACGUGGUUAAGACUGAGCACCCGGUUCCGAACAUUGGCAAUCUCCAUGACGAUGAGGGGAUGGGGGACACCAUCAGCAGCACUGUGGAGUACGAGGAAGACUUUGAACUUACAGAGGCCGAGGACAUUGAGAUUCCUGGCUCAGGCAGUGGUGUGAGCACAGCUUCCCGGGUACAGAAUAACAAUGCCAGGAACAGACAGAAAGGACUGAAAGCCAGACUUGGGAAGAGUACAACCACCACACCUUCACUCCCGUCUUUACCGGCUUUAAAUGGUCACAAGCGUGUUGGUUCUGGCAGUGGCCAGGGGUCAGCACCGUCGCUGACUGACCUCAGUAACAGGAUGACCCAGAUCAAACAGAGCAAUCCACAUCACAAGAGGAUAACAGAUCUCACUGCUAUUGCCACUCCAGACCAGUCCCAGGCCAAUGGGAUGGGCUACCAAGCAGGACGUCGUGACAGCAACACCAGCACCAUCAGCUCCUACCUGAGCAGUGUACGCUCGGAUGCAAGUCCCUUCCCAUUUGGGAGCCAGUUCUCAAGUCGGAGGUCCAGCGAGGCGUCCCAGAUCUCGGCCAGGCUCAGCAUCACUAACUCCCCCUAUGAGUAUGACAUCACUGGGAACAGACCCCAUAAUUCUCGAAGGUCCAGCGAGACAAGCAGUAUUGGCAACGUUGCUGCACAGUUAUCGCGUGCCAAGCUGGGAAGUAAUCCUAACCUGAUGGUGACAUCUCAGGCAGUGAACUUGAGGAGUCCCUCCAGUCGGUUGAGUAACGAGAGAAUUGCGCGCCUGCUGAUGUCAAGGCGUGAUAAUCCAGUAGACAUGUGGAGGUGCAACACCAGCACCCCCUGCAGGACGCCAUUGCCUCACGAGAUCCCCAACAGGGAAGUGAGGAGAGCCAGUGACCCAGUGCGCUGCGUGGACCCCAAUUUUGCUGCUCUGAAGCAACUACAGAGGCGAUUCCACAGUCUCAAUGCCAUGCGCCCUCUCCCAGUGCCAUCCUCAAUGCGUAGUCUCCACAAGAAGGCAGAUAGCAAUGAAAACUUUAAAUCUUCCCAAAGUAGCAUUGCCACCAACUUCAGCAGGGAUGAGUCAGCAGAUUUUGGUUCCCAGUACUUUGCAGACCAGAGCUUUGCUAUGGAGACAGAAGAUGAGGCGGAGUUGGAAAUGAAAAUGAUUGAGGACAACGAUGAUGUCAUCAUUCCGGAUGAGAUGCGGCGGUUCUUGUAUGAAAGGACACAACCGCUGAUCCCAGAAGAGGGCGAGAUGAGCGAUUUUGCCCCAUCGGAGGUCACACUGGAGGACAGUUCUCGUAUGCAGUCUAGGAUGGAUGCUAUCGAAGAAUCUUACAGGCAGAAUGCUGAAAAUGCCAGCAAUAUGGAGCAGAUGCAGAAACAGAUGCCAUCUCCCCCAUCACAACAGCAGCAGCAGAUACAACAACCCCCACCACCUCCAGCACAGCGGCCACCACAACCACCCUCUGUUCAACCACCACCUCCACCCCAAGGUGUCCCAGGUGGUUGUUUCAUGCCACCCAACCAGCAGCUGGUUCACACCCAGAACUGCAGCUGUCCUCACGGCAAUAUACAACAACAACAGCAGCAAGCUAUGCAACAGCAGCAACCUCCUAUACCGUGCCAGAAUCCAAACCUUAUGCAGCCAUAUCCCAAUCCAAAUAUGCAACAGGGCUUUAACCAAAAUGUUCCAAUGCAGAAUUACGGACAGCACGGUGCAGCUGGACAGAUGCAGUAUGGCCAAUCACAGCCAGUGGUACAACAGCAUUCAAUGAACCAACCACAGGCCAUGGCUCAACAGCAGUAUUUAAGCCAAGGCAUGAGUCAGCAGUUUAGGCCCCCAAAUAUGCAAGUCAUGCCAGGCUCACGGAUGCCCAUGAAUAUGCCAAAGCAGGAGAGACAGAGUCCCCAGAUCCAAGUUCCUUUAGUCAGUCAGUCUCAGAUCCCAGCAAGGGCGAAAGCUGCCAAACAACAGCAGAUUGAACAGCAGAUGCAGAACCAAAAUAACAUGCAGGGGCUUCAACAGCAGCAGCAGGGGUACAAUCCCAUGAUGCCACAGCCACCGCAGCACAUUCAGCAGCAAGGCAUGAUGGGAUACCAAACACAGAUGUACAAUGGGCAGGGACAGCAACAAUUUGUGCCCCACCCUCCGCCCAAUCCCCGCCCCACCAUACAACCACACCCUCCUACGGCACAACCCCACCCCAUGGGGGGCAUGGUACAGAGGCCAGUGAAUUUCAACCAAAAUGCUCCCUCUGCCAUGCCUAACUAUGCAAAUCUCAAUCAGAACAACCGUCCUCCACAGUAUCUUCCACCGCAAGCGCCUCUGCAGCACCAGCAGUUGCAGCAAUUACAGCAGCAAUCUCAGCAGCAGCAACAGCAACCAGGGUCUGUCAUAGGUAUGCAGAUGUCACCUGGCUGUAACCAUGUAUCAAGUUCAACUGAUAUUCACACACCAAAGCUCAACGAUGAGGCGCCCACGCCAGUCGUUGAUGACCCACUUGUGGCAAAUCUGAACGCCAUGACAACGGACAAUCUGAUCGAAAACAUAAGCUCCAUAUCCAUGGAGAAUGUCAAUGGAAGCAUUAUUAGUCCCACUGCGCUAAUCAACCAGCCUUUGUCGCACCAGUCAUCUAGGUAUGCCACCCCGUGUAUCGAGGGUAAACCUGGGCCAAUGGUGGAUACAUCAAAUAUGGUGGUCAACGACAUGUCGUCUGUGUUGACACAGUUAGCAGAGGAGAACAAAUUUUUGAACUACAGACAGUAGAAUGUACUGGUCUACCACUGGAAAUUCUAUGACCCACUGCCGUUUAUAAUACAUACUGCCAAGUGUCAGAU